CGUGGGAUGGAGUAGUUGACCCAGAACGAAGUAUUAAGCACGAAGUCGUCUCCCUCUGCCAAAAGCUGACCGAGGGAUCAUCCCAGCUUCGGGACGAGAGGGAUGGCUCUUUGGUUCUAUCUUCUGUUGGAGAUAGCAGUACUCGUCACAGUUCAUGGCCAGGACAGUCGAGACUUCAUAAGCAUCGACUGUGGCAUAACCAGCAAUACUAAUUACACCCACGGUAAGACCGACAUACUCUACGUAUCCGAUGACCAGUUCACGGACACGGGGAUCAAUCACCAAGUCGCCUCAAACUACGUGUCUUCCUCGCUCGACGAACUACUGUUGACGGUGCGAAGCUUUCCCAACGCUUCCCGAAGUUGCUACGCCUUGAAGCCGGUGAUUCAGUACCGGAAGUACAUCGUGAGGGCGACCUUCAUGUACGGGAACUACGACGACCUGAACCGUGCGAACGCCGUCAAGCCGCUGCUGUUCGAUCUGUACAUGGAUGUCAACUUUUGGCAGACGAUCAACGUCAGUGAUCCGACAAGCAUUUACGAGGUGGAGGCCGUGGCCGUUGCUUUGGCGGAUUCUGUAUCGGUGUGCUUGGUGGAUACGGGCUCGGGAACUCCCUUCAUAUCUGCACUGGAGCUGAGGCCGCUUGUGGAUGUCAUGUAUCCUUCUGCAAACACCUCGCAGAGUCUGGUUCUUAACUAUCGCCUUAACAUCGGACCUUCGACAAAUAGCUCAGCGUUGAGAUAUCCCGAUGACCCCUACGAUCGCAUAUGGCGGCCGUGGACGAGUCCAGACGCGUGGAUGGAGAUAUCAACCACCGAAACGAUCAGCAACAGCGAGAAGGAUCUGUUCCAGCCGCCGACGGCCGUCAUGCAGACCGCGGCCACACCCUCGGGGAACAGCUCGAAGAUGGAGUUCUACUGGACCUUCGCGGAUGCGCAGGUCCCAAACAACGAGUUCUACGUCAACUUGUUCUUCACCGAGUUCGAGCGCAACACCUCGAGACUGUUCAACGUGUAUCUCAACGACGUACUGAUGAAAAAUUACACCCCGCCCUACGAGUCGGUGGGCUAUUUGUACAGCACCCGCCCCCUGGAUCAGGCGUCCGAGUACCACUGGGCCCUCAACUCCACGGGCCUGUCCACCCUGCCCCCCAUCCUUAACGCCAUCGAGGUUUUCACGGCGAUGCAUCUCACGCGGGCGGCCACCGCCUCCGGAGACGCUGAUGCCAUUAAUGCCAUCAAGGAACAAUAUCAAGUGAAGAGAAGUUGGAUGGGUGAUCCAUGUGCCCCAGAACAAUACCCUUGGGAUGGCCUAAAUUGUAGCUAUGGAACCGAUUCAUCAAGGAUCAUAGCUAUAAACUUGUCUUCGAGUGCAUUGACUGGAGUUAUUUCCUCUUCUUUUGCUAAGCUCACAGAAAUCAAGUACCUUGACUUGUCUUACAACGACCUAACAGGACCAAUACCUGAUGCUUUAGGAACAUUGUCGUCACUCCAAGUCCUAAAUUUGACAGGCAACAAUCUUAAUGGGUCAAUUCCUGCUUCUCUACUGAAAAAAUCACAACAAGGAGCACUGACAUUUAGCUAUGAAGCCAAUCCUAAUCUUGGUACUGAUGGAACUUCGAAUGGAUCAAAGAAGAAGAGUGGAACACCCAUGACUGUGACUUACAUUGUGGUUCCUGUGGUGGUGGUUCUACUGCUUGUAGUCAUCAUAUUUGUUGUGUGGAGAGUAAGAAAGUUUCGAGGAUCAACGCAAGAUAUCCAUGCGAGGCCAAUGAUUGAUAACUUCUCCAUACCAGCAACAGUCAAUCCAGAGAAUCCUUUUCAACAUGAGAAUCGACAAUUUUCAUACAAGGAGCUGGAGAAAAUAACGAGGAAAUUCACAAAUGUCCUUGGCAAAGGCGGAUUUGGUACUGUCUUCCUAGGCUAUUUAGAAGAUGGUACUCGAGUUGCAGUCAAGACACGGUCUGAAUCAUCAUCCCAAGGCACCAAAGAGUUUCUAGCCGAGGCCCAGAACUUGGCAAAGAUACAUCAUAGGAACCUUGUUUCUUUGGUUGGCUACUGCAUGGAUGGAGAACACCUGGCGCUUGUCUAUGAGUUCAUGUCACAAGGAACCCUACAAGAUCAUCUUAGAGGUAAAACUCCCGGUGCUACUGCUUUGACCUGGGGACAGCGUCUUCAGAUCGCAGUCGAAGCUGCACAAGGACUGGAGUAUUUGCACAAGGGAUGCAAACCACCACUAGUCCACAGAGAUGUGAAGAGCGCAAACAUCCUAUUGAGCGAAAGCCUGGAGGCCAAGAUAGCAGAUUUUGGGUUGUCAAGGGCUUUCGACAAUGCCAACCAUACUCAUGUAUCCACAGCAGUGGUUGGUACCCCCGGGUAUCUUGAUCCAGAGUACUCUUCUUCCUACCAACUCAGCGCAAAGAGUGACGUGUAUAGUUUCGGGGUGGUUCUCUUCGAGCUGAUGACCGGACAACCUCCUAUCGUUGCCACCGGUAACCAUGCUACUGGUUUAGCUCAAUGGGCACGCCAACAGCUUAACAACGGGAAUAUUGAGGAUGUGAUCGACCCAAAGCUGACGAGAGGGUACGAUAUAAAUUCCGUUUGGAAAGCUGCUGAUGUAGCACUGAGAUGCACAGAGCAUGAAUCCCGUAGGAGGCCGGCCAUGGCCGACGUCGUCAUGGAGCUGAAGGAGAGCUUUGCAUUAGAGAGCGCUUAUUACAGGUCCGAGUUCCCAUCCACAACAAGCAACUGGAAUCCACACACACAAACUGCAUCUGAAAGAAGCCAGACCUCUGCGUUCGAAGUAGAACAGUUCCCAAGGUUCACUCCAUCAGCAAGGUGAUGAGUGGUUUGUGAUCACUAAAAGUCGAGGUUUGAUCGUUUCAAUGUCUCUCCAAUAAUAUGAUCUUUGAAGACUGGUAUCUGCUUUCUGGAACCAUAUUUUAGUUUGGGAUUCAUUCCACCAUUCUCUCUAUUAGAGUUCACCAAGUUGGACAGAGAGAAUGCUUCUUUGAUCAAAGUGGCUCCUAUAAGAUUUAAAUUUAAAUGUGAUCUCAUGAGUUUGUAUUGGUAA